UUCCUCCAAAAAGCCGCGGCGUUCCCCGUCAACGUGGGUGACGCGCGCGCCAGCCAUGGCUUUGGCGGGCCUGUCCCCUGCCACCCGGGCGGCGCAGCGGGAGAUCUUGAGCGCCGGAAAGCGCGGGGACGCCGCAGGCCUGGUGCGGGCGCUGAAAUGUGUGGAGCUGGGUGCGGUGAGCGUGUGCACGGCGCUGCACCGCUUGGCCAGGCGAGCAGAAUGGCUCGGUGAUCGAAGCUUCGCUCGAGCGGAGGGCUGCGCGCCGGUGCUGCGGGUGGCCUCGGAGUUGGCGCCCCAAGGCACCGCCAACACCCUGUGGGCCUUGGCGCGGCUGCAGCUCCCGGACCAGGAGCUCUGGGCUACUAUCGGUGCCCAGGCGACAAAGCAGAUGCCGGAGUUCGAGGGCCGGCACCUGAGCAACUUGGCCUGGUCCCUGGCAGUGAGCUCCCAGGACGACGAGCCGCUGCUGCAGUUGGUGGCCCACUUCGUGGCGCGCAAGGCGGAGGCGAAGGAGCUGUCCCCGCAGAGUUUGGCGAACAUCCUCUGGAGCUUUGCCUUUGUAGCGCUAUGGGACUCUGAGGCUCUGCGGGCGCCUUUGGCUGCCGUCCGGCCAUGCGCGGGCGCCUUCAAUGGGAGGGACUUGAGCAACACGCUGUGGGCCUUGUGUCUCUACAAGGCGACCUACCCGGAGGACUGGAACCAGCUGCUGCGCUCCCUGGCGAAGGUGGCCUUGGCGCACGCGGCUUCUCUCAGCCCCAACGACCUCACCAGCAUCCUGUGGGCCUUUGCGGAUGGCACGCCCCAGCUGCAGGAGCGUCGUCUGCGCGGUCUGGACCAGUCGGGGCGGCCGCGGACCUACGAGGCUCUGGACUGAGCCAGCCGACAGUUUCUGGAACCGCGCUCGGUUCGGAAUCGAGUCGCGCUGGCCCGACAUGGAGCUCCAAACGCUCGGCGAGAUCUGGAGAGAAGUGCAAGGAGGAUCCGAUCUCAAGGCCUGGAGCAGUGGAAGCA